GCCGGCAAGCUUGUGGCUGAUACUUUGUACAACGCCGGGAAGCUCACCUGGGACAUGACCAGAAACGUGGGCAAAGUUUUGGGCAAGAUGGGUAUUUGGACAGGAGCUGGCGUUGCGCGUCUCUACUCCAGGGUGCGACAGACUACGCCUCAUACGAACCAGACAAGGUGGACCCACACGGAGCUUGGCAUCUCUGAUGGCAUGUCCAUUUCGGCCUACGGAAACCUCGGUGUGGAGUCAACCCUCCUAUGCGGGAGUGAGGGUCAGAUGGUGGUUUCGCGCUUCGUGGGGGAUGGUACCGUCAAUGCCACUGCCUACCGACAGCUGGCAGCAGACCGCGCAGCAAUGUGGAAGCCGUAUCUUGGCCAUUAUUCUGCCACUGUUGGGCAAUGGUAUCGUGUUGUCGUGGGCAAGUGUAAGGCAAUGCUGGGAACCCCCGGUCAGUCGGAUUACUUUGAAGCCGUGACGCCCGCGCAAGUUGAGGAGAUGUGGAACUACACCCCAACUCUGAAUCAAACUGAAAGCGGCUUCUGGGAGGGUUUGCAGAACAACUUCCGAACCCACGACAAGAACGGCACACGGUUGAAGCCGAAGGCGAUGUUCUGCUCAAAGUUCGCCGCAGCCGUUUGGUCGUCAACCAUCGGAAACCCGACCGCGAUCCCAACCGCCAAGCCACGUACGCGUGACCUCUG